AUGUGCUGCCGGUCCAUUUGGUUGUCCAAUGAUGUUCUCACCGACGUUGUAUCCGAUGGGAGUUCCAGUGGCAUUUGGUUUGGCGUCGAUCAGGCCACCGCUGAGAGUGAACCAGUCAAGCGUAGCCCCAAGGGUGGAAGGCUUAGACAGGGCGCAAAGGAUGCCCUCACCGACGUUGUUUCCGACGGUAUUUCCGCCGGUAUUUGGUACGGCGUGGACAAGGCCACCGACGAGAAGCGCAGUUCUCCGAGACUUGUCGGGCUCACCGAAGUCUUCCCUUCCAACGGCUGCGGCAGCUCUACACCUGCGAACGGUGGCGGUAGCUCUGCUCCUGCUAACAGGGGAAACUCCACGCCUGCCAACGGCGGUAGCUCCCCUGGCGGCGACCUCAACAACGGCUCGGGCUCGGGCUCGGGCUCAGGAUUCGUUCAGGGUGCUAAAGACACCGCUAAGGAGAUGACACAAGACAUCGUCACCGAUGCCGCAUCCGGAGCUAUUGUCGCCGGGAUCGAGGCCGCGCAGGUUCCCGAGGAGACUGCUGCACCCGUCCCACCGCCAGCCAAGCGAGCCUUGAGGUCUUUCGCUUAA